AUGCACAAUUCGGCAUUAAGGGGCAUAGACAAGGUAAAUGAGCUGUUAGCAAACAGCAAUGAGAAUGCAAUGUUCAACAAAGUGCGUAUGGGACCACGUGAUUUUAUGAUACUAUGUGAAAUGCUAACUGAUAAAGGGUUGCUACGACCCUCAUAUAACAUGAGCGUACCUGAACAAUUAUUUGUGUUCUUAACAAUCAUUUCACAAAGCCAAAGUAAUCGUGAAGCACAAGACGCAUGGCAACAUUCAGGGGAGACAAUAUCACGUAGGUUUACAGAAGUUUUAGAUGCUAUUUGUGAAUUAGAAGAAGAAUUCAUUAAGCCCCCAAAUUAUGACAAAGUGCCUAAAUUUCUACGUGCCAACCGUCAUAGAUAUGGUACAUGGACUAUGUACGCGCACUUGACGGUACUCAUGUACCUUGCACACCAAUUGGUGUUCCUAACCCAGCGGCUUAUCGAAAUAAAAGGCCUAAUUUGGAUAUGCUACACAGGAAAAUACUAUCUUGUUGAUGCAGCAUAUGCGAACAACGAUCGAUUUCUCGCUCCGUACAGAGGGCGGACUUACCAUUUGCCAGAUUACAGAAUGAGAAGUGGUGAAUUUCGGGGACCUAGGGAUAUUUUUAACUACAAACACUCAUCAUUGAGAAAUUGUAUAGAGCGAACAUUUGGAGUUUGGAAGGCUAGAUUCCCUAUCCUAAGGCAGCCUAAUAAUACAUAUCCAAUGGAUAAACAAGUGAAAAUUCCAGUUGCCUGUGCAAUACUAUAUAAUUUCAUCCACAUGGUUAAUGAGGGGGAUCCACUUCUAAGUCAAUACGACCGGGAUGGUGUACCUGUAAGUGAAAUAGAUCCAAACAAUGAAGAUGAAUUUGAUGACGAUGACGAUGAUGACAAUGUCCCUGAAGGCCCAGUUGUAACAGCAGGUACUGUUAGUCGUACAGAGAUGGGUCGUUUUAGGGAUCGCCUUGCAAAUGAAAUGUGGGUAGAAUACAAGGGUAGCCGUGGAAGACAAGUGUGA